AUGGGCUGUGGCUCAACGAAAGAGUUGGAGCGGCUGCAACCCGCAGAUGUGGGUCUCCUCUCGGGAAGUCAUCCACUGAAGCUUGAUAUUUCUUUGUUGAGGAAUGUGGGGGCGCUGCCCGCGAUGCGGAUGCCUGGAAAGGAUAAAUACAUCAAAGAGCCAGGGGCAGUCGUGAUGGAUGACUGCCGGGGACCCGGCCGAGGGGGUGGUAAUACGGCAUCUUUUGGAGUGUUGCUUUUGUUUUGUGCGGCACACACGGACAAGCUUACUAUUUCGUACUAUGAGAACGCCACCCGCGCCAUUUAUGCCAAGUGCAUGACAGACAGGGAACUACUGGCCUCUAAAGAGGCUGCCGGCAUACCAGUGAUGUGGGGCCAUUUUUUCAAAUCGCUUGCGUCAGACGUCUUGAAAAGUAGGGCCGUAGUAAAAUCUUCCAAAACCAAUACAAAAAUUGUGUGCUUUAAGAUUAUUAGCAGCAAGGAACCGGAUGUGAAGUACGAUUAUGCGUGUGAGCUUGUGGCGGUCUCCGGUGCUGGGGCUGCGGCGGAUCAGCGCGCGAUGUUUGAGUAUUUUGUUGAACCCAUGAUAUGCAUGCUGCGGGUUCGCCGGCGUAGUUCGGCAGGGUCAUCCCGUGGCAACGUCUUGGAAAAAAUGGAGUGUGACUACGCCGUAAAAAUGGCAAGAUUGCGACAGUACAAGGCGAAACUACAACUAAUUAUGAAAACUGUGACGCCACUACGGCAGGAGGCUUCUAUCAAAUCUGCGCAAACGAUGAAGUUGUCACUCGAAGCAAAAUCUCUUGAGAGAAAACUUCACAUGCUAUAUGACGGACAAAGCGAUAAACACCCGCUCGACAUUCUCUAUGAGAGGGGCGGGGCACAACAUUUCCAGCACGUUUCACAGGCGGAAGAUUGUUACCCAGUUGAAGAAAAGGCGGAUCAAGGUAUUUUGGCAUGCAUCCGGGCUGCGUUUCCUCUUGCUCCAGGAACCACUCUUGAUAGUAUUAGCUCUGUGUUAGAUCGCACCGAACUGCAGUUGUGUCUUAGUGAUUCCUCCCGACAGUUGGUGAGGGAUAUGUUUGGCAUCUUUACUGGUGUGGAUAGAUGGGACUACGAUACCAUUCAGCUGGAUAUUCUUACGGAUGGUAACGCCCUGUUUUUUACAACCUACAUGCUACUUUACAAGCUGGACCUCGUCGCGCACUUUAAGCUGGAUGACACCGUGCUGCAACGGUUCCUUCUCGGCGUUCAGGCUGGGUAUCACCCCAACCCAUACCACAACGCAAUGCAUGCCGCUGAUGUGACACACAUAAAUUAUUACAUCAUGAUGGUAGCUGGUUUGAAGGAAAAGUGUCAGUUGAGCAAGGAGGAGGUGCUAGCAGGAGUGAUUGCCGCUGCCAUCCACGACUUUGAUCAUCCCGGCCUGAAUAACAACUUUCAUGCCAAGACGAAUGCCUACCUUAGCACACUGUACAAUGAUCGAUCCAUACUUGAAAACCACCACGUUGCUUGCGUUUUUGAACUUAUACUAAACCCUGCAUACAAUGUUUUCGCCCCGCUUAGCAAGGAACAAAUGCAGGUUGUGCGGGAAACAAUGAUCGAGAUGGUUUUGGCCACGGAUAUGGGAAAUCAUGGACGUAUUUUUAAGCAGUUUCAGCUUCGCAUGGCAGAGACCACGGAUUGGCAUUCGUCCAAGGAAGAUGUUCGUUUAGCACUUUCCAUGAGCGUAAAAAUGGCUGACAUCUCCAACUGUGCCAGACCAAACUACAUCUACAUGGAAUGGGCACGUCUUAUUUCCUGCGAGUUUUACAAUCAGGGAGAUGCAGAGGCAGCGUGCGGGCUUCCUAUUUCUCCCUUCAUGAGCCGUAUGAAGAGUGUGAUGGAGUUCCCCAAUGGUCAAAUAUCGUUUAUGAUGUACAUUGUAGUGCCUUUGUUGGAGGCCCUCUCGGAGUUUCUGCCUUCGCUUCGCUUUGCGCUACAGUACUGUAACGAAAAUAAGGAGUCGUGGCAGAAUUACCAGGAGGAACGUAGUUGA